AUGGGUCGAGACUUCCAUGACUAUUUGGACGAGGACAAGCCCGCUGCAGAGUCUUCGAUAGGCUCGGGGACCGAUAAGACUCUUAACUCAACCAUCAUGAAGCUUACGACAGCAAAUGUGAACGUCCUCUUGUGGUCCACAGCGCUCCCCUACAUAUGCGGUUUUCUUCUAGAAGGGCUUGCCUUCAUCGGUGACUACAAUUUAGUCAUCUACUACCCCGGCUUUGUGGGCCUCUUUGGAAUGGCCCUUGCAUAUCCUGUGGAGAUAUUAAUGUGCAAGAACAUUACACUGGGGUAUGGCUUAGCAACAGCAAGCGCCAUCCAGAAGGCUCUAGCAAAGAAUAAGGCGUCGCUAGCCAGCUCCUACCUUGCCCACUACAUAAUGCUCAGCCUCCUCUGGUCUAUUCUGUGCACAAUUUGCUUAACACCGUCGGCGGUCCCAUUGCUGAAAUUCAUGGAUAAUCACCAAGGAAAUGAACGCGGCAUGGCGUACUCUCGUAUCGUCUUUUCGACACAGAACUUUGCCAACAUAUUUAGUAACUCCAUUAGUCAAGUCCUUGCUGUUGAAAACCGAGUAGCGCUCAACUUCUUCCGCCAUCUCGGCUCUUCCUUUCUAUUCAUCCUCUUCGAUUAUAUAAUAUACUUUAUAUCAAGCUUCUAUUCCUCCAAGAUUCCCGAGCUUUGCCAAUCGUCUGCCAUUGCAUAUACCUUGGCUCAUACCGUCAUAAGCGUGUGGAUCCUCUGCGUUCUUUUUAAGAGAACCGCGUUCGAUAUUCCAAUAAAAACCUCUCUUGAUCUAAAGCUCAAGCGAUUCUGGCCACUGAAGCCAAAGAUCAUCAAGACCAUUAUAGUCGGGAGCCUUCCCCCAAUCUUGUUCAACUCUACAAUUCCAGCGACUAUUCUAGUGUGCAAUAUCCUCGUUAGUCGAUAUUAUACUUCCUUAGAGACGAUUAACGCAUCUAGGCUGAAAUUCAUUACCUACCUCCGGUAUAAUAAUCUAUUUAUGUUUAUCAACAACGGAUUUAACCAAGCAUUUAUCACCACUUGCGGCUUCAACUUGGGCCUCAGGAACUAUGGCCGUGUACGCCAGCUGAUAGUUGCCUCUGCGCUUUGGACCCUUGUGCUUUCUGCAAUCCUAGGCAUACUGAUGUUUAUCUUUUACAAGAGCGUUGCCCAGCUCUUCUAUCCUAUUCUUGCGUAUCACCAGGCAGAGCUGGAGUGGAAGGAUACACAAAGACAGUAUGAGGAGACCUACGAGGCAGUGGCCCUUGCCUCCCUAGGGCCUAUAUGGAUGGGCCUCUUCAUGACUGUGAGCUCUAUUGCACAGCUUGAAGACAAGUUUCUUGUGUUUGUGCUUUUGCAGACAUCGCGCAUUGUUGUACCGAUUAUCUUUGCUAUAUCGGCAGGCCUCUUGAUCCAGGACAACGCGAAGCUAUUAACGGCUCUUCCAAUCGGUGACGGGAUUGCUGGCAUGUGCUGCCUUACAUUUUUGUUCUACUACUUGCAAAAGUAUAAGCACCUAAGCCUUAUUGAGCAAUCACGAAAGGAGAAUGAGGCAUUAGAGGCACAAAUAGCAAAUCUGGACGCUCUGAACGACUGA